AUGUUAAGAAAAGCUUGGAGUUUUGUUAAUAAAUAUUUACAAAAAGAUGAUUUGGAUGCUUAUUUAAAUCAUAGCAAAGUAUCAAAAUUUCGAACGGGAAAUGUGAAAGAUGGCAUUAAAGUUACCUAUCAUUGUUCGUCAUGUAGAAAAUAUCCAGAAUGUAGUUUUCAAGUUCGUGUGUUAUUUAAUUCUCAAAAUGAGACAAUUGUGCCGACAAGUGAUACACAUAAUCAUAAAAAAAGAGCUGAUACAACUCGUGGUCCAAGUCCUGUUUGGGAUAUUAGAGUUCCAUAUCAAUUUACUUUUAAAGUGAUGUCUACUCAACUCUACACAAUGGACAACAGUCUUCCCCGACCUCAAACAUAUUACUAUUAUCUACAAAAUACUAUGCCAUCACUUUAUUCAUCAAUUCCUUUCAAUAACAAUAACUAUAUUUUUUCUAAAAUAGCUGUUUCAUCUUCAUGUGAGAAGCGCAGUAAUCCUAAUGAUAAACAAUCACUGAGUACUUAUCGAACAACUCGCCGUCAGUCACGAAAAUAUCGACAAGUAAUUCGUUUACCUGAUCCGGAACCAAUCUAUCGUACAAUUCGUCGUCGAAUGCCUACGCCCGAACGACAAAUAAUUAAUAAAACAAUAAUUAAAAAACAAAAUGGUGAUAUUGUUGAACAUAUCCAAUCACCAAAGAAAAAAAUAAAAGAUAAUGGCUUUAAUCGAAAUAGUGACUAA